AUGGAUCGGUUAUUGGAAAAUUUCGAGUUGAAUAAGCUAUCGGGAAGUAAGCUAAAACGUUAUAAAAACCCCAUGGCUUGUUUUGCUGCUUCAUUCGACAACUUGUCCCUGGAAAUCUUGGUAAAGAUUAUGUCGUCUUUGUCACUGAGAGACAUUCUAGUCCUUGAAACAAUAUCUAAGAAACUUUCAAACGCGGUAGUAAUCCAUUUAAGGACAAGAAAAUCUGUAGAUUUUACGGAGGGAAAAUGGUAUGGAGAAAUGUCCCCUCUCAUAACAGAUGGAAUUUUUUCACGUCUGUUGAAGCGAUGCCCAGAGGUGAACACUGUACUUGGAAUUCAUCCAACAUCAAUAACGAAACGUCAGCAAAGGCAUUCAAAUACGUUAAGCGUGGAUGGCAUCACAUCAGCGCUAACUUUUUGUGCUAAACUGAAAUCAAUCGGUACGUCCAAUAUACAAGUAUUGGACGCCAUGUUGGCAAUUAAUCCAAAUUUAGAAAUUGCCGGUGGCUUCCGGAAUCGAGGAGGAGACUUUCCAAUUUCUCCACUAAAUCGUUUGUCAAUUCCAAGGGAAGUCAAGCUGUCGCAGCUAGUCUUAACAGGUGUAACCGUGCCGUCAUUGCCAUCAAUGGAAUCUUUAACUUUUCUUCAACUGCGCUGGGUUAAGUUUACAGAUCCUGAUCCCUUUAAAGAUUUUUCCUGUCCUAAGUUGGAACAUUUCAUCAUGAAAAACUGCAUGGGUGACCUUGACGCUGGGUCGUUCGGUCCACUGACUUGUAUUCCUUUGUUCAAUGCACUGGGGAGGGCGGCACACUUGGAACGUCUUGAACUUGUACGUGUUCCAUUUCCAGGUGGAAUUUUUCGCCAUGUCGUUGAGGACAAUUGGCGACUGGGCAGUUUUCGAUAUCUCACUAGAGUGUCUCUUGCAUCAUGUUAUGAUGCUCUGGAAGUUGAUCUAGGAUACUUAGUUCUUGUAUCAGCUUUCAGGUUGGAAGAACUAAUCAUUCAGCCUUCUUUGACCAAGGAUGCAGUGUUCUCGGCAUUGCUCAUGGCUCAUGCUGAGUAUCCAAGAUUUGAGUGUCUUCAUUUGGGAUAUAUUGAUGAUUUUCCAGAGAAAGGACGAUAUACAGAGGAAGAGCUUCUUGAGUAUGGUUUAUCAUUCGAAAGGGAACAGUCACCCACCCUCUCUGAUAGAGGGAUGAAAUUGGCAUUGCAAGUGUUUCCUCAUGUGCGCUAUUUAGCUGUCUGCAAUUGCCCAAAUCUGAGAAAUGCUUCAUUGUGGUGUACUCCAAAUUUAACUUGCCUGGCAUUACGUGAUUUAACCCUGUCUAAGUGCAAAAACUUGUCAUUGGAACAUGCUUCCCAAUUUAUUCAACUACUACCGGCUAUUGAAUACCUCCAUAUUGAGCACAUGUUUAAGAAAUGCAAUGAAAUUGAAGAAGAGGGUGCUGAUAAAGAGAAGAACCUUAUCAUAACUUCUCAAGUGGUAAAAAGCAUCUCCUUGCACAAAUGUGGAGUCAUGAAGCUUUCAGUGGUUAAUUGCCCAAGUCUUUGUACUCUCUCUUGCACUCAUUGCAAGAACCUGUCACAAGUACAGUUUCAAGACUGCUUGUUGAAUCGUUUAAGUUUUUCUUGGUGUCCUGUGUUAAGCAUGAAAAGUGUUCUGGAUGAAGUGUACAGUUUGCCUGCAAACACAAGUCGAAUUAUCUCACUUCGCCCUACAGAGCAGUUUGACCCAGUGGAAUGCGAACAGAAAUUGUUUUCAUCAAAUCUUGAUUAUCAUUGUUGCAUUGUACAUGAUCACAGAAACUCUGUAGGUAUAGUCACCAAGCUGUCUAUUUAUAGCUGGGUUGACACUGUCACUGCUAUAAACAGUGAGCUUAUUGAAAAGUGCGGAUUCAAAGAAGCCAACAGCAUGACUGUAAGAUCUGUUAGUUUUCCCUGGAAUAGAGACAUCUACCAAAUCUGUAGAGAAUUCUCCAGUGGACCAGUUCAGAUAAUGACUGAUGUUCCUUGGUUUCAAAAGCUCUCAACCACUGAGGAGACUUCAUUUGUACCACAGUACUCAUCCAAGAAUGAACAGCUUCCAAGGUUGAAGAAUAAUCUUCCAAUGCAAGUUUGCCUUGAGGUAUUAAAGGAUGAAAUUUCUGAGGGUCUUUUAUUGGAGAAGAGACUUCACAGACAUAUUUUAGUGCUUUAUUUAAACUCUUGUGAUGUGAAACAUAUGUAUGACCAAGAUUUAUCUGUCAUUCAACCCUUAAAUCCCUAA